GUAUCAAACUCGAUUCAAAUUAGUAAAAGAAGCUAUAAACAAAGGAUUAAUGCAUGUUUUAUACGCCAAGGAAUUUUGUGCCCGCAUUGAUGAAUUAUACAAAAAAGAAUCUAUUAAAUUUAGUUUAAACGAAUAUUGCAAGAAUUAUGUAGAGGAAAUUGCUAACUUGAUUCUUGAGUACGCUAGUAUUAAAUUUAGCUUGGUUGAAGAAAAAUUGAACAAUGAAAAACGAUUUGUGUUAAUUAAUUAA